UCAAAUCAAAGAAAGAGUAAGCAACAUUGCCUCUCGGUGUUACACGUGAACUUGGAAUGUCUCCUCUAGACUGCGCGCAGCAUGCGCUAAUGAAGAAAACAUAUAUCCAGUUAUCUUUGAAAUGAAAUGUGCUGACUUACUCAAAAUGAUUAAAGAACAGGUGGACUGGACUAACUAUAAACCGGACUUUUAGAUUAUUUUACCUAGUUAAAAAUGAUUUUCAAACUUUUAUAUAUUUUAAAUGUUCGAUGUCGACUUAUUUCGGACUUAUAAACUGAAUAAGAAACUCCAUUAAUGAUGUUAUCAGUGAUUGAAAUUCUGUAAAAGGAUGGUUCGUUGUUCAAAGGCUUAACGGUCAUAUUGAUCUAAUGGGCCGGUGAGAUAGAAGAUGAUGAUACGGAGUUGCUGUGUUGGGCCGUAUCGCUUGCGCUAAGCCCAUCUUGUAUUUAGCAAUUCGAUAGAACAAUUGUAUUUAGCAAACUAUAUGUAUCUUCUAUUAACACUCAAACUAUACAAUUUCUGAAUUUUUCUUUAACAACAUUCGUAGGAUCCUAACUUUAAAAAGAUUUUUUUUUUUAAAGUUCGAUAAACACCGGUUGUAUAGAGCCAAUAUAAAUCCAUGUUGUUGGAAGGUUCCAAAUAUUGCGUAUUAGAUUGGUCCGUCUGACUAUUUUUCACGAAAUAUAUGCCAGAUGACUAGAAUAUGAAAGAACUCCUUUUUGUAACACCAUGAAAUAACUUCUUUUAAAAUUUAUCAAUAUAAAUAGAAAAUGCGGAUCAUUUUAUUAAUUCUAAACAAUUUAACAUUAGUGUUUCAAAAAAAAACAAUUUAACAUCACAUUUUCUUUUUGGUAAAUUUACAUGCACUAUCCAUAAGAAGAAUAGAAUUUCAUGAAAUAUGUUUAUUUCAAUUAGAAUUAUUUCAAUUUUUUAUUUCAAUUUUUUGGUGUAAUUUAUUUCAAUUAGUUACAAUCCACCGUGACGUGGUGUCAGGCAUUUAUUCGACGUGUUCGAAGUAAAAUGACAAGGAAUAACUAACUGACGGAUGAUAUCAAAAUUACUGACACACACACACCUAAAAAGUGUAUAUAAAGCGCUACGUAGCAGAGAGACCAGAGGGACCUUCGUUGCUUAGCUGAAACCAAGUUGCUUAAUUGUAAUCGUCGUCACUGUUCUCGUGAUUCCUCUCUUUCCCUCUGUGUUUAGAAACCCCGAACGUCUCUGUGGAUCGAAGAAGAUGGUAACUGCUGAUAGCAAACCCGACCUUACGUUGCCCAAAACUUUCGCCUGCAGUGCCUUCGCUGCCUGCGUCGGCGAGGUAUGUACGAUUCCGUUGGACACUGCCAAAGUUAGGCUUCAACUCCAAAAGUCUGCCAUAGCUGGAGAUGUUACGCUGCCUAAAUACCGUGGACUGUUGGGAACUGUUGGUACCAUUGCAAGGGAGGAAGGCCUUCGUUCACUAUGGAAAGGUAUUGUACCGGGACUGCAUCGUCAGUGCCUCUGUGGAGGUCUAAGAAUCGGAAUGUAUGAGCCGGUAAAAAACUUGUACGUAGGGAAAGACCAUGUAGGUGAUGUUCCGUUGAGCAAGAAAAUCCUUGCUGGUUUGACAACAGGCGCUUUGGGUAUCAUAGUAGCGAAUCCCACUGAUCUUGUGAAAGUUAGACUUCAGGCUGAAGGAAAACUAGCGGCAGGUGUUCCAAAACGGUAUACUGGAGCGCUGAAUGCGUAUUCAACAAUUGUGAGACAGGUAGUUAUCAUGUUGUCAUGGAAACUGAGACUAUGCAUAAGUUUGCUUAAAGCCCUGCUUCAAAUCUAUUUGAUCUGGCUCUGGCAGGAAGGAGUCCGAGCUCUUUGGACUGGUCUUGGACCAAAUGUAGCACGAAACGCUAUCAUCAACGCUGCUGAAUUAGCAAGUUACGAUCAAGUGAAACAGACAAUCUUGAAGAUUCCUGGUUUCACUGAUAACGUUGUCACACAUAUUCUAUCUGGACUGGGAGCAGGGUUCUUUGCUGUAUGCAUCGGUUCCCCUGUUGACGUGGUGAAAUCAAGAAUGAUGGGUGAUUCUGCUUACAAAAACACUAUAGACUGCUUCGUCAAAACACUACAGAGCGACGGUCCUAUGGCAUUUUACAAAGGCUUCAUCCCCAACUUUGGACGCCUUGGCUCAUGGAACGUCAUCAUGUUUUUGACACUUGAACAGGCAAAGAAGUAUGUCCGGGAACUAGAAUCGUCCAAAAAAUAAUACUAAGACACACAAAGUUUGCAGAAGAUAGAAUAAGAGCACCAAUGUUUUCUUCUUAACUUCGGUGGUCGAGAGAGGACUAGCAUCGUCCAGAACUUCAUCUAACACUGUUCUUGGAACAGAGUAAAACUUUGAAAUAAAAUUUCUGUGGGUAGCUCAUAUUUUGGCUGUACCAUUCAAACAUAUAUCAAUAUUUACAUGAGAGUUUCAGCUUA